UAUAGUGUUUUUUUUUUUUUGUAACUGUUAGUAUUUUUUUAAUCAUUGUACUUUAUUUUGUAAAAAGAAGAAAAUACGUAAUUCUUUUAUAUCUUAAUUUUGUCAGUAUCCAGUUAAAUGUACGAUUUUAAAAUAUAUGUUAGUGAAUGCGUAUUGAACAUUGUAAUUAACAUGUUUUUUUGUUUUCUGUGUGCGUUUGUCCCAACCUGUCCUGUCCUUUCCUGUCCGUACCUUGAUAUUUUCAUUCAAAUCUUUAUCUUGCUUACUAAUUUAAACUCAUGCCUCUGUUCUUUUCCAUUCUUUCUCUUCCAACUGACAACUGGCCACGCUCAUGCUACUGCAUUUCUUUGCUACUAACCUUUUUUGCACCUAAACUACGCUUGCCAACGCAUCUUUGAAAAGCGGUCAGAAAAAUUACCCAAAUACUGAUCUCUGAUCACCUCUGAAUCAAAAACACUUGAUAUUGCAAAGAGAAAUCUUUGACUCUGAAACGUAAUCUGAAAAAACAGUGGUGAAACAACACCAUGCCAAGAAAAGGAAAGAGGAGUGAAUCUCAGAAACAGCGCAGAAAGCUUGAAGCUGCAUCAGAUGUUAGCAGUACCAACUCUGUGUCAGGUAUGAAUGAUGCACAACCGUAUGUUUUGUCUGUUAGGGCAUCACAUUGUCAAACUGAUCCUAGGUACAACCUUUACUCGCGAGGCCGCCAGUGUACUUGCAAUUCUUUAAUCUUCCUAGCAGUCCAUCAAGAAUGUAAUGAGCUAAGCAGUAGUGAUUUAGACAACAUUUUACAGAAAGGUGAUGCAGUUUACACUAGAGUUAAACAAACACUGCAGAGCACAGGACAAUUUGUGCAUAACUUUUUAAGCUUUGAUGAGCUACCGAGCACAGUGGAGAUAAAUUCAGAGUUGUAUACCAUCAUAAAACAUCCUAGGAGGUUCGGAUUUCUAAGAGAUACACCUGCACUAGGUGAUUAUGAAAAUCUUGCAAACACACUGCAAUGUCUCAGAAGUGAUGUGAGCGAUGCUUUGCUGUUAAGUGGACAUUCAUGUAUUGCUGUGUUUAGAGAUCAGUCAGGGAGGUUUGGUUAUUUUGAUUCACAUUGCAGAACAAUUGACGGCAUGAUUACUGAUGAAGACACAGGUACGGCUUUAAUGCUGACGUUUUCCUCUUUAGAAGAUUUGAUAGAGAGAUUGCUAUUAGUGUUGCAAGCAGAUUUGAUCUUAGGAGACCAAGAUCAGUUUGAUCUGUUACCUGUAUCAUUUGUAAAUACAUUAAUGCAAAGUUGUGUACAUACUCAGCAUUGUGUGACCAGCCCUGAGCUUGAAAGGAAUACACAGCCAUCUGUCUCUCCUGAGAACACAGGUCUAAACAAGAAUCAACGGUUGCCUGACAUUUCACAACUUCAAGAUUCAGUUCAACAGCUACAUGAGGAAAUGUUCAGCCAAGUUUCAUCAACUAAGACAAACUUAAAUGAGCAGUCAAAGAAACUGAACAAGAUUCGAAAGAGAAAGGCUUAUAAUAUAAAAUGGCGCAAAGACCUAGCACAAAAGAAAAACGCAAAUGAGAAAAAACCGACUUUACAUAAAGUCUAUGACUAUAAAAAAAGUAACCAAUACAGGCAAAUACAUAAAGAAGCUAUGAAGAAGACCUAUUGGAAUAAUAUGAUUUACAGGGAAAAACACAAACAAGCAAUGCAACACAAAUAUAGAAAUAUUGAUGAAUACAGAGAGAGAGAAAAGGCGAGGUUUACCAGCAAUUACAGGAAUAUUGCUAAAUUUAGAAAAAGUAAAAAAAACUAUAUGAUUCAAAAUUAUAGGAAUAAACAAUUCAGAGAGAGGCAAAAGAGCUACAUAAAUGAACAGUACAGGAAUGACGAGCAAUUCAGAGAGAGGAAAAAGAGAUACAUAAAUGAACAGUACAGGAAUGACGAGCAAUUCAGAGAGAGGAAAAAGAGCUACAUAAAUGAACAGUACAGGAAUGACGAGCAAUUCAGAGAGAGGAAAAAGAGUUUACAUAAAUGAACAGUACAGGAAUGAUGAGCCAUUCAGAGAGAGGAAAAAGAAAUGUAUAAAUCAAAAGUACAGGACCAAUGCUAAAUGUAAUGAACAGCACAGGAGACAUAUUGUUGAAAGAUAUUUAAAAGACCCCAUUUUUAAGCAAAGGAAAAAAGACCAUUAUACAAAUCAGUGCAGAAAUGAUUCUGAGUUCUAUGAGAAAAGGAAAUUAAAUUGGAAUCACCGAUAUCACAAUGAUGUACAGUUUAGGACCCGCCAAAAAAUGUAUUACUUAUUUAAAGUACAAAAAAAAAGAUCCGCUCUUAACGAAAUGAGCAAGAUUCAAUGUGCACAACGCAUUCAGGGGAAAUACAGAAAAAUGGAUCUUAUGCGCCAGCAUAGAAACACACAACAAAAUAGCCAGUCUGACAUAAUACAAGAUCCAGUAGUUUUAAGAGCUUUAAAUACUUUUAGAGAUGUUGUUAAAAAAGGACCAACAUAUGUCUGCACAUGCUGUGCCAGAGUGCUCUUCUCAAACCAAGUACGUCUUUGUGAUCGUGACCGAUAUCAAAAGAAUCCAACAGUUUCUUCACUUUGCUUAAGUGGAAACCAUGUCCACAUCUGCUCUGACUGCCCUGAUCAAUGUGCCUUAGAAAACAGGAAAACAGAAUGGAUCUGUCACUGUUGCCAUACAACCUUGAUGAGAGGUUUCAUGCCAGAUAUCGCUGUAGCUAAUAUGCUUCAGUUCACUCCCAUUCCUGCUGAACUCAGUGAUUUGAAUAUUCUUGAGAGACAUGUUAUUGCAAAGUACAUUCCCUUUGCUAAAAUUAUCACGCUUCCGAAAGGUCAACAGAGAGCUAUAAAAGGAGCCGUAAUAUCAGUUGCAUCUGAAGUGGAAACAACAGUAAAUAGUUUACCAAGACCAAGAACUGAAGCUCAGAUGCUAACAGUGAAGCUAAAAAGACGUCUGGGGUACAAAGGUCACUAUCAGUUUCAGACUGUGAAUAUGCAUAAAGUUUUGUCUGCUUUAAGAAAACUAAAAGAAAUUCAUUCAGAGUAUAAAGAUAUUACUAUAAAUGACACAGUCUCAGAAGAAGAAAUGUUUAAUCAGCAUGAACAAGGUACAAAUGAAGUCAGUGCCCCUAAUGAUGAAAUGGAUAUUGAAAGCAGCAGCCGAACUGACAACACUGAAGGAUCGAGCAAUGAAAAUGAACAAAAUGAUUCUAGUGAUGACCCUGAGAAUACUGAAGAUCAGCCCUCUGGUCUUGCAUUGGAUACAUGUCUUCAGCCCCCAGAUCUUGGCCAGCACUUGUUGUCCUAUGAAGAUGGAAUAUUUUGUAUUGCCCCAGCAGAGAGAAAUACACCUAUAAGUAUGUUUAAGAUUCCUAAAUUAGAAUCUUUGGCUUUCCCGGUGCAGUUUCCUGAUGGUAUGAACACCAUUGAUGAGCCUGAUCGAGCAAAACGUGUCUCCCCUAGCAGAUACUUUAACACAAGACUGUUCUCUAUUGACAAUCGUUGUGCAAGAGACACAAACUAUAUCUUCUUUGCUCAGUUUGUCACUGAAAUGCACAUGGCCACAUCUAGUAUGUCUGUUCAGCUGAGGAAAGCAAAACCCAUGACCCGUGAUGGACGCAGAAUAAACUGUUCACUGCUGCAAGACAAAGAGGAGUUAGAAAAGCUUGUGAAUAAUAAGGAGGCAACACGUUUCAUGCAACCAUUAAGAGGGACUCCAGCAUACUGGGAGAAAACUCUGCGUGACUUGUUUGCUAUGCUGAGACAGCUGGGCACACCCACAUUUUUCUGUACGUUUAGUGCUGCUGAGAUGAGAUGGCCUGAAGUCAUAACUGCUAUUAAAGCACAACAAGGUGAAAGUGUGAACUUCUCUGAAUUAGACUGGUCUGAGAAAUGUGAAAUCCUGAGAAGCAACCCAGUCACAGUAAUGCGAAUGUUUGAGAAACGAGUUGAGGCCUUAAUGAGAGAUCUAAUCAUGUCACCCGCUCAACCUCUUGGUGAGG